GGAGGGAGAGGAAGGUGUUGAUGCGGGUGAGGGAGGAGGAGUAAUCAGAAUAAUUCCACAAAUACCCAAAUUGCCAGACACAAUUAUUAAGUAUUCGCCAGAGAGUAGAAAAAUUUUGGCCAAUAAAAUUCUUAUUCAGAAUUAG